AUCUCACAGUGCUUUGUUUCUCUCUCUCUCUCUCUCUCUCUCUCUAAAAAUCCGAAGUUUUCUCUCUCUAGACUCCGGAGUAUCGCAUUGGCUUCUCUCCAUCCUUCCUUGCUCAUUGUUUCUCUGAAACCCAAAUUUUCCCCCUUUCUCUCUCUUUCCUUGUUCAUUGUUUCUCUGAAGCCCAAAUUUUCCCCCUUUCUCUCUCUCUACUUGCAUUGCUACAAUCCCAUAUUUUCUCUCUCUAAAUUUGAGGCUUGUUUGAAGAUGUUGGCAAUAUUCCAAAAAGCAUUCGCUCAUCCACCUGAGGAGCUCCACAGCCCGGCCUCAAAGGACCAGACAUCAAAAUGCCCCGAUCAGAUCCUCCAUGACUUUCUCUCUCUAUACCCUCAAAAUUCCGUCUGUACUAAGUUCGGGGACAGGGCCGUUCUCGCCUACGUUCGAUCCCAAGAGCAACCCGGGUUUCGAAGGGUGUUUUGUGGAGUGGAUGAGGUGUAUUGCCAAUUCAAAGGGAAUUUAGACAAUCUGAGCAGUUUGAUAAGGCAAUAUGGUUUGUGUAAGGCCACAAAUGAAGGUCAGCUCAUUAUCGAAGCUUACAAGACUUUGAGAGAUAGGGGGCCUUACCCUGCUGAUCAGGUCAUCAAAGAUUUCCAUGGACGGUUUGGAUUCGUCAUCUAUGACAGCCGCUCCGGUGCUGUCUUCACUGCUCUGAGUGAGGAUGGUGGGAUGGAGAUGUACUGGGGCAUCGCGGCCGACGGAUCGGUGGUUUUAUCGGAUGAGAUGCAGCUCCUUAAAGCCGGAUGUGGCAAGUCCUUUGCUCCCUUCCCACCAGGGUGUAUGUUCCACAGUGGGUCAGGAGUACAGAGCUUCGAGCACCCAAUGCAUAAGGUAACGGCCAUCCCACGUGUGGACAGCGAGGGCGUCAUGUGCGGUGCAAAUUUCAAGGUCGAUGCGUACACACGUGUGAACACGAUGCCACGCGUGGGCAGUGCAGCUAAUUGGUCAGCAUGGGCAGCUCAAUCUCAAUAGUAUGGUCCUCGUAACAAAUAAUGCCUCCUCUCUAUCUCUAUCUCUAUGUCUAUCACUCUGCAAUUUGAUGUACAAAUUUUUCUAUUUUCUCUACGCUUUUGUGUCAUCUUUUCUUUAAGUGUGUUUCAUUCAACUAGUGUGAGGCUUGACUCGACCUAUUAAUGUACUGCAGCGAGGUUGAAUUUCAAUUUUAUAAAAGGACUUUGUUCACUUUCUUUUCUUAA